CUCUCGUAGAAGUGCGUUUCUUAGUUAUUCGCGCUUUUUUCAUUUUUCUCCACUCACAGGGAAUAUUUGACUUAAUUAAACAAGGGAGAAUAUUAAAAUCAUCUUUAACUUAUCUAUUAAGAAGAUUGGAAAAAUUAUGUAAUACAAAACAAUAAAAAAACGAAACAAGAACCCAGACAUUAAAUAACCUCAAAAAAAGGAAAAUGUCUUUGGCGGAUGAACUUCUCGCAGAUCUCGAGGAAAAUGACGACGCGGAUAUUUCAAUGGAGGAACCGGAGCCGAAAUUUAUUCCGGCUUCGGUGUCUAAAGUCCUAGAAGAAGAGAUAAAGGUAUCCUCUGUUCGAGAGCUAGCCAAGUUACGAGAUUCGGAACAGCUGCAAAAGGUUAUAUCACAGAUCGAAAAGCAUAGCAAAGUACCUAGAAAAUCAGCUGACAUUGUAGGACCUGUGGAAUCUGAUCCGGAAUAUCAGUUGAUAGUUGAAGCUAAUAAUAUGGCUGUAGACAUUGAUAAUGAAAUAGCUACUAUACAUAGAUUUACAAGAGAUAAGUAUUCAAAAAGGUUCCCAGAGUUGGAAUCCCUGGUCGUUGGACAAAUGGAAUAUAUAAUGACAGUUAAGGAAUUAGGAAAUGAUGUGGACAGAGCAAAAAAUAAUGAAAUUCUCCAACAGUUUCUUACUCAAGCCACAAUUAUGGUAGUUUCUGUGACGGCAUCAACUACUCAAGGCCAAUUAUUGACAGAAGAAGAGAAAGAAGCUAUUUGUGAGGCCUGCGACAUGGCAGUGGAAUUGAACAACUGCAAAUUAAAGAUAUUCGAAUACGUAGAGAGCAGAAUGGCAUUCAUAGCACCAAAUUUAUCAAUAAUUGUUGGUGCAUCGACAGCUGCCAAAAUUAUGGGUGUUGCAGGUGGUUUAACGAAACUUUCAAAGAUACCAGCUUGUAAUGUUCUAGUCCUAGGAUCUCAAAAGACAACAUUAUCUGGAUUUUCGCAAGUCGCAGCUUUACCUCAUACAGGAUUUAUAUAUUACUCCGAUAUUGUGCAAGAAACACCUCCCGAUCUACGGAGGAAAGCCGCGAGGCUCGUGGCUGCAAAAAGCACACUGGCAGCCAGAGUGGACGCCUGUCAUGAGAGUACGAACGGCCACUUUGGGCAAAUGCUCCGCGAAGAGAUUGAGAAGAAGUUAGACAAGCUGCAAGAGCCACCGCCCGUAAAGUUUGUGAAACCGCUACCGAAACCAAUUGAUCCUGGUCGAAAAAAACGUGGCGGUAAACGCGUUCGUAAAAUGAAAGAACGCUACGCAAUUACAGAAUUUAGGAAGCACGCCAAUAGGAUGAAUUUCGCAGACAUCGAGAGUGAUGCCUAUCAAGAGGAUCUCGGUUACUCGCGAGGAACAAUCGGCAAAGCUGGGGCGGGUCGCAUCAGAUUACCACAAAUCGACGAGAAGACAAAAGUUAGAAUAUCUAAGACGCUACAGAAGAAUUUGCAGAAACAGCAGCAAUGGGGUGGGAGCACUACUGUUAAGAAGCAAGUAUCCGGCACUGCUUCCAGUGUGGCUUUCACUCCUCUGCAGGGUCUUGAAAUUGUCAAUCCACAAGCUGCGGAGAAAAAAGUAAAUGAAGCAAAUGCAAAAUACUUUUCUAACACCGCUGGUUUUCUGAAAGUCAAGAAAAUAUAAACGAAAAACAUUUCUAUUGCAAUAAUAAAUACAAGAAAAAACAUAUAUAUUUAAUAUUUACGUAUUUGCAAAUAUAUCUGAUUUCUUAUCUUGUUGGAAAUACAAUAAAUGUAAAUAGAAAUAAAUAUAAUAUUUAUACAUUUAUACACAAAUAAAAUUUUUAAUCAUUUAUAUUUUAUAUUAACUAUAAUUUGAGGAAAAAAAUAAGAAUAUAUAUAAAAAAAGUUGUUAAAAUAA